AGUGUGAAGUGUCUUCAUGUUGUAUUCUGGUGUGUAGUGAAUAGUAUAUAUAGUGGAAAGUUCUUGUGCAUCUUGGCACCAAAAAGACUUCAGAGGAAAUUAAUAAGUUGCUUCGGCUCAGGAAAAAAAUCAAUUCCGUUUGGUGGCAAAGGCUUGCGAGCGAAGAGAGUAAGAGUCAGAGUACUCCGUCCGUCGACAUGGCAGAAGCACGAGAAGAUAAGGAUAUGGGUAAAUCAACAAGAGAAGAGUUAUAUAAAGUAAGACUAGAGGAACUAGAGAAAGACCUAGAUAAAAAAAACUGCAAAAUAAACUCUUUAAAAAGAGAAGUCAAAAUUUUAACUGAUGAACUAUCUAGACAGACUGAGAAGAAUCAGAUAAUUUGUGAAGCCCGUGAUGAAAAUAAAUUUAAAAUCAUGGAAUUAGAAAAGGAAAUAACUGUUUUAAAAAGAGAAAAUGAAAAUUUGCAAUCUCAGUUAAAACAGGAGAAGGACAUUAAGAAAUACAGAGAGCUCUCACUUGAAGCAGAAGUUGCAUUAUAUGCAGAUCAAGUGAAGAAGUAUGAUCAAAAAAUUAAGGCAUGUGAAUCAAAGAUUUCGGAACUGAAAACAAGUCCAAGUAAAGCUAUUGCAGAAAAAUCCUCUGACAAUAAUUCCAACAACCAGAAUAUUGAAGAAUGCCAUCAAAUCUCUCAACUAGAAAGGGAUAUAAAAUUACUUAGUCUUGAAAACAAUGACUUAAAGUGCAAACUUGGAGAGGAGAGAGAAGAAAAAAAAAAUGAAAUGCAAAAAUUAGAAUGUCAAUUUACAAGAUGUAUGGACAAGAUUAAGGAAUAUGAGCUAAGAGAAAAGGACUACGAAUCCAAGAUUUGCUAUCUACAAUCUAAGUUAAAGGAUAUUGAAUAUCAGUCAGAGGAGCGUCUCACUGAAAUUAGGAAAUUGCAGGAAGAACUGGACAUUCAGAAAAAUAUUACUAGGAAUUCAGAGGAAGUGAAUAAAACCAUUGCUAAUGUUCAGAGAGAGCUUGAAAGUUUGAGGCAAAUUCAGGCAGAAACUUCUGAGAAAAAAGUCAUGCCAGCAAUGAGAUCUGUUACGAGAAGUGUCUCGAAAAUAGAACAGUGUAAACAUACACUGAUAACUUAUGCUGAGCAACAUAGGAACUUGCAGAUGAAGUUUGAGGGUGAACUGAAUGAUCAGUUGCAAGAAGUCGAAAAUAUUUUGAGGUUUGAUAAUGAAGAAAAUAUACCAAACAUAAGUUCAACAAAAGGUGCUCUUCCUAAAGCGGGAAAAUCUGAGGAUCUCCAAAUCCAGACAAAACAAGAACCAAAGAAAAGCCCUAGAAAAAGUAGAGCACUCCAAGAAGAUGAAAAUGUAUCUUCUCCUGCUGACCCAAAGUAUGUAUUGUUAGUUUAA